AUGGACAAUAUCGCAAAAAAGUAUCCAGUAUGGAAACGAAUCCUCCACAAAUUCCAGGCUCGUCGAGAUAUCCCUUUCAGACGCCGCUUUUUUGUUGGAUACGAUCUUCAUGGUAAUACAUACUGGGAGUUCACACCGGACGGAAACAUGCUCCGUCUCCGAAGGAAAUUGGAGCCAUUUCAAGAAACUCUAUUUAAAGCGGACUACUUCCAUACUAUUCCUCCGCAGUGGCUUCAAUGGCUAAGACGCACAAGAGAGGCUCCUCCAACCUUGCAGGAGCUCAUCGAUGACCAACUUAGACAACAGAAAAUCAAGAUUUUAGCUCAACAAGCGGAUCAAAGAUGGAUCAUGGAGAAGCAACGUCUUGAACACGAGAAUAACAUUAAACUACAAGCGGAGUUGGACAGGGUUGAGGCAGAAAAUGCAGCCUUCGAGGCAGAGAACUCAGCCAACAUGGCCGCUCAAAAAGCUGAAGAAGCAAACGCACAAAGAGAAAACACCAGUGAUCCGUGGGCAGAAGCUGCAAAGUCCGCGGGAGAGAAUCCAAUCGAAUCGGCAACCAUUAAGCCUCGCAAUUGA